CAGUACUAAGGAUCCAGCUGGUUGCAUGAAUGCGUUUCUAAUGCUCUACAGGCUGCUUCUUCAAGUAAAGAUUGACACCCCGAAGAACGUCACAAUUCCACUUCGGCUUUUUUGCAAUGUCGCGUAGAAACUUUUUUUUCUUUCUUUCUUUCGAUAGAUACCUUACAGAAAAUAAUGGACCGCAGACGUGUGAACGGACCAGAGACAAGUGUUCCUCCUAUUUAUAAAAAAGAAGAACAAACCAAACCUGUUUUGAAUGCAGAGAAAAAAAGACUAGAUAAUAGAGCUGUUGAGGAUCUUCGACCUAUUUUCUUGAAAACAGGCCUUAUUACACAAGCGAAUGGUUCUGCAUACAUUGAAGUUGGAAAUACAAAAGUAACAUGUGCUGUAUAUGGUCCAAGACAGUUAAAGAAAGCCGAAUUUUCGAAUUUGUGUAAAUUGUAUUGUGAUUUUAGAUUUUCAACAUUUUCUUGUACGAAGCGAAGAGGGCAAAUAAAGGAUGCCGAGGAAAAAGAAUUCUCACAAAUCCUUGUUGAAUCACUCACACCAGCUGUCAGAGUCGAAUUACUGCCUAAAUCAGCCAUUGAUAUCUACGUGACUGUAUUAGAAAAUGACGGAACCAGCUCAUGUCUUGCUGCUGCUAUCAUUGCUUCCAGCGUUGCAUUGGCUGACGCAGGUAUUGAAAUGUUGGAUCAAGUCACAGCUUGUUCUACUGUUUUGACUAAAGAUCAAGGCAUCUUGAUGGACGGUACAGACUAUGAAGAGACUCAUAAAGAAGGAUCGCUCGUGUUGUCUUAUAUGCCUUCACUGAACGAAGUCACACAUAUCUUACAAACAGGUCGAUCAGACAGUGCCAUCAGUUCUAAAGCUAUUGAACAAUGUAUUGACGGUUGCUCUAAAAUCUACAGUGUGAUGUCAAAUUCUUUAUUACAAUCCUUAGAAAAACCAAAGACUGCUGUCUAAAUAAAA